UUUUCAGGGUCGGGACAGACACCGGACCCUGAAACCCAAACCCUAGUCCCAACCAAUACCUCUUUCUCUCUGAGGCUCAGUUGUCACUCUAUCAGCCCCAGCAAUGGCGAGGAAGCGAAAGCUCGACUCCAAAUCCGACCUGGCAACCGAGCCCCCGAAGAAGCAACAGCAGCAACGAAAGCAGAAAGAAGAGGAUCGUACCCACAUCAAAGUUGAGGUAGACCAAGACGACGAAUACGAAUACGAGUACGAAUACGAAUACGAAGAAGAAGAAGAAGAAGAAGAAGAAGAGGAAGAAGAAGAAGGGGAAGACGAAGAAGAGGAUGAAGACGAAGAAGACGAAGAUCUCUAUAAACCCAAGAAUGCCGAUAAUCAGACGGCGAACACCUCCACGUCAGCCGCAGAUCGAGACAGUGAGGAUGAUGACGAUGAACCCAUACAGAAGGUUCUUGAACCGUUCAGCAAGGAGCAGAUUAUAAACCUUCUCUGCGAAGCAGUGCGUAAGCAUCCGGACGUGGCGGAUCGGAUCCAAAAGGUUGCGGACGAGGACCCGGCACACCGAAAGAUCUUCGUCCACGGACUCGGGUGGGACACGAACACGGAGACACUCUCCAACGCGUUCAAGCAGUACGGCGAGAUCGAGGAUUGCAAGGCCGUGUGCGACAAGGUCUCUGGCAAAUCCAAGGGCUACGGUUUCAUCCUCUUCAAGACCCGCGGCGGGGCCCGGAAGGCCCUCAAGCAGCCCCAGAAGAAGAUCGGCAACCGGAUGACUGCGUGCCAGCUGGCCUCAAUGUUUCCGGUCGCACAGCCAAAUGCCACCGCGGCGGCCUCCACGCCGCCCCUUUCGGAAUAUGCGCAGAGGAAGAUAUACGUGAGCAAUGUUGGGGCUGAGUUGGAUCCUCAGAAGCUGCUUAUGUUCUUCUCCAAGUACGGAGAAAUUGAGGAAGGGCCAUUGGGGCUCGAUAAGAUGACCGGGAAGCCCAAGGGGUUUUGUUUGUUCACGUACAAGACGGUUGAAAGCGCCAAGAGGGCUCUGGAAGAGCCGCACAAGAAUUUCGAGGGACAUACAUUGCACUGCCAGAAGGCUAUUGAUGGUCCGAAGCCGAAAAAGUCUCACCCUAAUCAGCUUCAGUAUCAGCAUCAUCAGCUUCAGUAUCAGCCUCACCAGAACCCUCACAACGCCCAAUUCCAGAGGAAUGAGAACCCCGCUCUUGUUGGUGGAGCCGCAGCGGCUGCACCGGGUCACUUGAUGGCUCCCCCCACCGGAGCGGGGAUUGGGUUAAAUCAGGGGGCUGCGGCGGCUCAGGCGUUGAAUCCUGCGCUUGGGCAGGCAAUAGCGGCGUUGUUUGCAAGUCAAGGUGCCGGGUUGGGCCUGACUAAUCUGUUGGGGACGCUGG